UGUAAUCACACACUGCCAGCCCUAACUCUCCUGCUUAGCUAGACUAGACAAUGCCCUAUCUACCCUGAGCCAGCUGGCAGUGGGUGACAGCAGCCCAGGGUUUAUAGAGAGUGUAUGAACAUGCAGUCUCUCAGAGUGUUAUUACUGAGCAAUAGAUGGACAACAGAGCCAGUCAAACCAGCAUUUUGAAGGGUUUCCUCUGAUUUAUUUGUUUUGCAGUACUUUGGGCACAAGUCUGGCACUCACAGGGUUAAUCAAUGACUGGCCAUAGUUAGUACUAUCUCCCUAGUGAGACAUGGUAACCAUGACAGCUUACACUUACAGCCUCCCACACUGAUACAAUAACUGGGAGCAGCACUGUAACCAGCCAUGUGCUCCAUUCAGUCCCCUCCUCUUCCUCCCUGUCUGCUGCUGCUGUUACAGUGAAAUCCUUCCUUUCCUGUCACCUCCAUCUCUCCGGCCAGGGUACUCCAUGCCUUCAUAUCACAAUCACUAAAGAGAGCAGUGCAGGGGUCAGAGCAUAUAUGUCUGCAUGAGCACUAUAUGAGAUUCACCUAGUUUAGAUUUUUGAAGAAAAGCUAUUAUAUUUGCUUGUCAGGUCAAUGUCAAAGAGUUUAUUUUAUGUAUUUUCUCAACAGUGAGCACAGAGACCUGACUGUUAUUUAUUCCUCACAUGCAAAGGGAAAAUUAAACUCAUCAUUAUAUAUGUAUGUAAAACCCCCCAGAUACAAUUCGUAUCUUGUAACAGUGAGAUAAUGCUGGGGGAGUGUUCAUGUAAAGUGUUGGUAGUGGGACAGGAAACCCAAAUCAAUAUUUAGUCCUCUAUUCUUGCUGUUAAACAAUUUGAUGGCAUCAAUGCUUGCUUCUAUUUCCUCUCUUAUGCCAACAACCAAAAAUACAUCCCCCAAAUUAUCACAGAACUGGAACUAUUCAUCCUCGCACAUAUUUAUUUCAGUUUUAACAAUGAGGUUUACUGCUAUGGGCACUAACACGGCACCCCGAUAUGCUAAUCUGUUUAUGGCAGAUCAUGAACAGCGAUUCCUAGAAAUACAGCACACCAGACCAUACAAAUAUUAUCACAAGGGGAAGCUACAGUGCUAAGAAAACGAGUUUGUUUUCCUGGCACUCUAAUUUCCCUUUAAGUUUACUGCACCCCAGUCACUAUUAUUAGAGUGUGUAUAUGGAGGGGGUGCCUGGUCACUUGGAAGACGUGCUCUCAUUUGAAUGCUUAUUAUAGCCCUUAGCUGCUGCCGCCCAUGGAUGUCAUGUCAACUAAACUGUUGCACCACCAAUUAUUAUUAUUGUAAGGAGCCAAACUGUUUUAGCAUGGUUUGACACUUACCUGAGAGGCGCUGCAUCUGUUCUUCAGUAUGAGAAGCUGGAUAUUUCUGUAGAACAUAGCACAGAUGAUGCAAGAAUGCACUCGUUGACUGAAAGUUUUGAGCUAGAGCUCUAAUCCAGUGAACACAGUCUUGCAGCGUAGUACUUUGUUCUUUAGAGCAGUCUGGGUUCUCAUUCUGGAAAAGACUGGAUGCUUUGGAUGAGGAGCACAGCAGCACUUGGGUAAGUUGUUAAACCAUGCUAAAGCAGUUUGACAUCUUAAAGUGACACUUAAGGUGGGCACUCCUGGCACCAUUACUUCAGUAGAUGUUCCUUUUAAAGCAACACUGUAUGAAUGCAAACAUGUAUUUCUAACACUAUAGUGCCCCUAUGCCUAGUUAAAUACAGAUCCCCUCCCCCCAUUUGUCAUAAAAAUGACUGAAAUAAAGAAUUUACUUAUAUUUUUCCAGUGCCCUUACUCCCUUGGUGCUGCUCAUCUCUCUGCCUCCUGCAAUGCCAUAAAGGAGGCGUGGCCUCUGCCAGUGACCGUCUGAUCCAAUGCUCCUCAACGAGCGUCAUGCGCUCAUCCAAGUUUCUCCAUAGGAAAGCAUUGUAUUCAAUGCUUUCUUAUAAGCUGCAGUGUCACGCUGCUGAAUUUAGCUUGGUCAGUGCAGAAGAAGCGCCUCCAGUGACUGUUAGGAAAAUGGCCACUAGGAGUGAAUUUAACCCUGCAAUAUUAACAGAGUUUAUAAAAAAAAAAAAAAACUUUUAUAUUGCACGGUUAAAAGACUACUUAAUGGGCUGGGUGACUUUAGUGUACCUUUAACUGAAAUGUAUUAAUUAAUGUCCUGCUUUCAAUGCAGGCAUAAUCAAGUCAAAUACAAGUUAUUUUUUCCCCCCCACAUUUCAUUUUGGUUUCUGCUUUACUAAUAUAAUUUAUAUUAUUACAAAAUACAUAUGCUUGAUGUCCUUUUAUUUUUCAGGGUAAUCUGACAUGUCCAAUGCUGUUCAAGAAGAGCUCUCUCUGAUUUCUAACAGUGGCAAGUCAAAGAAAAAGAGAUGGGGCUUGGUAAUCACUGGUGUUGUAGGAGGGACAUUAGUGGCACUAUAUGCUGUAGCUACUCCAUUUGUAGCACCAGCAUUGAGAAAAAUUUGUCUUCCCUAUGUUCCUGCAACUUCGACACAGGUUGAAAAUGUACUAAAAAUGCUUAAUUCUAGAAGUGGGCCAGUGGUUGACAUUGGAAGUGGUGAUGGACGUAUUGUAAGUUGCAAGCCUUCAUAUCUUUUUUGGGUGUUGUGUGUUAAUGGGCACCUGUUAUAUAAAAAUGUAUAUACAUAUAAAAUAUGACUGUUGUGUUGAUCAGCAAUAUGUCUCUCUUACCAUCGGGCAAACUUAGUGGACUGCAAUGGACUGCAGCGGGCUUGUUGGAAAGAUCUAAGGAUCUCCCGAGGUUUGCUGGAAAGAUCAAAGGAUCUCCUGAUCGGGCACAUUAUAAUUUAUAAUUCUAAGCUGCUAUCAUUGCCUUUGAUGUACACUUGCCUGUUAGGUGAAUGACCCUGCAUGUGUAUUUUUAUGUGUGAAAAUUGGAUGUCAAGCAGUCCAUGUUUGCAAAUACCACAGAUUUCUUUUGUACAUUCCUAGUGGUCAUAUUUACAGUCUAAAUAUGACUGGUCAGAUUCUCUGAAAUCCUUUCAGUGGUGACAAAGAAAUCUGUAUCAGUUCAGUGGUGCAGAACAAGAUUGUCGAUUUUGAACAGUUGAAUCCUUGUUUAAGGACCACUAUAGGCACCCAGACCACUUCAGCUCAAUGAAGUGGUCUGGAUGCCAGGUGGUGGGUCUUGAGGACUGGUUUGAGACCCACUGCUUCCGCGAUUCUCACUGUGAAAAUCACAGUGAGAAGAUGCUGGAUGUCCAUAGGAAAGCAUUGAAUAAUGCUUUCCUAUGGGCUGUUUGAAUCCGUGCGUUGCUCUUGCCGCGCAUGCACAUUCGGAUCUGACGUCGGCAGGGGGUGGAGAGUUCCCCAGCACAGUGGGAGCCGGCGCUGGAGAAAGGUAAGUGGCUGAAGGGGUUUUAAUCCCUUCAGCCCAGCAGAAGGGAGGCCCUGAGGGUAGGGGGGAACCUACUGACCCUACAAGUGCCAGGAAAACGAGUUUGUUUUCCUAGCACUAUAGUGGUCCUUUAAGUUGACAAACAUAUUUUGUUUGGAUAAUUAAGAUACAUUUAAAGUUCCUUAUAUAAUAUCACUGGUUAUGAGUGAACUUUCAGUACUGUGGAAUCCCCCUAUUUUUCUCAAACCAGUAUAAAAUGUUUAACUAGAACAAGUGGGACUGCAUACAUUAAACUUUUACACAUGCCCACUACAAUCACCUUACUUUUUAAUAAAGUGUUUAGUUUAUUCAGCAGCACAGAAAUAACAUUUUUAAUAUACUAUCAAUAGUGAUGUCCCGAACGGUUCGCGAAUGGUUCGCUGCGGACUCAUCAUUGAGUAAACUUUGACCCUGUACCUCACAGUCAGCAGACACAUUCCAGCCAAUCAGCAGCAGACCCUCCCUCCCAGACCCUUCCACCUCCUGGACAGCUCACUAAAAAUGUAGCCUCACAAUGAAUGUAAAAUGGAUGCUGUCCAGGAGGUGGGAGGGUCUGCUACUGAUUGGCUGUAAUGUGUCUGCUGACUUUGAGGUACAGGGUCAAAGUUUACUCAAUGAUGAGUCCGCAGCGAACCGUCCGCGGUUAACCGUUCGCGAACCGUUCGGGACAUCACUAUUGAUAGUAUAUUAAAAUUUUUAUUUUAAAAAAAUUUUUUUAUAAAUUUUAUUUUAAGUUUACUCAAUGAUGAGUCCACGGCGAACCGUUCAGGACAUCACUAACUAUCAAUAAUAAUUAAGAAUAGGUAAUGUGUGGUGUGCCAGUUAGAAGAAUCCUUGUCAUAAUAGGUAUUUCUUUAUUCCAAAUACAUAAGCUCCAGAUAGAUCAGAUAUAAAUAUAUCUUUAUUUAUAUAUAUAUAAUAUUAAAUACUAGAAAUUGGAUUAAAAAAUAAAUAUUCACAGCAACCACAUACUUUUUGUGAUGCUUUCCUGGUGAGGAGAACAGCCUUUCCAGUGAUGCUACUCAGGCGAGGUCUUAUAGUUUUCCGGUCUUCUUGUGAGAGCCAUAUCUCACACAGGAGGCUGCUGGUAUGGCCAAUACAAUAUACCAGUAUUGCAUGGCAAAUCACUUCAAAUGUCAUAACCUCGAAAAGUCUGCUGUAGUGGUUAUGGUGCCAUGCGUAAACUGGUGCUUUUCCAAGUUAAAGGGGCAAACCAUUUUGCAAUGUUCUUCCACUUGCUUAUGUCCUACCUAAGAACUGUGCUAUAGGCAGCAGUAGCUAAAUGAUGAUAUUGCAGUUCAUUCAUUGGAUUAGAGCAUCAGCUGAGACAAUGACAUGAGUGUCUGUGCAUAGAAUGUGCUCAGUAUUAACAUCAGCAAACUUGAAAUUGUAAUUCUGUGAUGGCUAAUGAAAUCUGUUGGAGGUGGACUUUCAAAGUUCAACAUAUCCAACAGAUUUGUGAACACUUCAGAGCUUUGAGCAGGGAGAUAAGAACACCAAUAUGUAAACAUUGGUAUUGACACGGAACUUAAAAUAAGUUCAAAAUGGAUCUGUCUUUCAGGAAGUAUGAAGGGAAACUUUAAUAUGUCACAACCAAUAGAGGUGUGGCUAGAGCUGCUGAUCUCUCUCUCUCUCUCUCUCUAUAUAUAUAUAUAUAUAUAUCUCCUAAACAGCAGAGACUUUAAAGGCAUGAUAUGUACACCAAAACCACUUAAGGAAAGCUAAGUUAAUAUUGGUUUAAGACUGAUCCUUUAAUCAAACUCACAUACCUUUUUUUUUUUUUUUCUUUAAACAUUCUUUUAGGUGAUAGCUGCAGCAAAAAAAGGGUUCCAAGCAGUUGGUUAUGAAUUGAAUCCUUGGUUAGUGUGGUAUUCCAGGUAUCGUGCAUGGAGAGAAGGUGUGAAUCAUAAAACCACAUUUUAUAUUUCGGAUUUAUGGAAGGUAAGGAAAGAAUACUAAUAUAGUAAUUCAUCCACUGUUUUCCCAAAAUUUAAUGUUUAGAUGUUUUAAAAUGGUAUCUACAUGCAAUGAAAAAUUUCUAGAGAUUUUUAUAUCUCUCCUAUAUAAUUAAACUGAUUUAAUACAGAAAAAUAUAUACUAAAUAAUUUCUUUCUGUGCUAAUAUCUUAUUAGUUACAAAAUCAGUUACAUUAUAUCAUUUGAAAUCAUUGUAGGGAUCUAUUCACUAAACGUUGAAUUUAUUCCUGUAAAUUUAGUAAAUUUCAUUCUGCUUAAUUCAGUUUAGUUUAUCUUAUACAAUUCCCAUGAUGUUGUCAAAUGGACCUCAUUACAUUGUAGGUUUUAUUUACAAAUGAAGGGAGGUUGACGGCGCUAACAUUAGCGUAAGUUGGAGGGCAUGUUUAACCCCUUAAGGACUGAGCCAAAUGUACAUGUUGUGAACAAAACAAAACGUAAACAAAACCUGGCAUUUGCGCGACAUGUCUGUCCAACCGUAAUUCACCUCUUUCAUAUUAAAUGCACCCACCCUUAUUAUAUAUCAUUUUAUUCAGGGGAAACAGGGCUUUCAUUUAAUAUCAAAUAUUUAGCUAUGAAACAUAAUUUAAGAAAUUUCGUUUUUUUUAGUUCUACAUGACAUUUUAACUGUCAAUGUCAUAAUACUGUUUGGUUUUACUGCAAUAAAAUACACAUAUUUUUAUUCAGCAAAGUCUCACGUGUAAAACAGUACCCCCUAUGUACAGGUUUUAUGGUGUUUUGGGAAGUUACAGGGUCAAAUAUAGCACGUUACAUUUGAAAUUGAAAUUUGCCAGAUUGGUUAUGUUGCCUUUGAGACUGUAUAGUAGCCCAGGAAUGAAAUUUACACCCUUAAUGGCAUACCAUUUACAAUCUUAGACAACCCAAGGUAUUGCAAAUGGGGUAUGUCCAGUCUUUUUUAAUAGCCAUUUGGUCACAAAUACUGGCCAAAGUUAGCGUUAAUAUUUGUUUGUGUGUGAAAAAUGCAAAAAAAACUGUUGUACUCGGGAGACUUCGCUGAACACAAAUAUUUGUGUUUCAAAACAGUAAAAAGUAUCACAGCAAUAAUAUCGUCCAUGUAAGUGCUGUUUGUGUGUGAAAAAUGCAAAAAACUUCACUUUUACUGGUGAUAUCAUCGUUGUAAUACAUUUUACUGUUUUGAAACACUAAUAUUUGUUUUCAGCGAAGUCUCCCGAGUAAAACAGUUUUUUUGCAUUUUUCACACACAAACAAAUAUUAACGCUAACUUUGGCCAGUAUUUGUGACCAAAUGGCUACUAAAAAAGACUGGACAUACCCCAUUUGCAAUACCUUGGGUUGUCUAAGAUUGUAAAUGGUAUGCCAUUAAGGGUGUAAAUUUCAUUCCUGGGCUACUAUACAGUCUCAAAGGCAACGUAACCAAUCUGGCGAAUUUCAAUUUCAAAUGUAACGUGCUAUAUUUGACCCAUGUACAGGUUUUAUAGUGUCUUGGAAAGUUAUAGGGUUAAACAUAGUGCUAGCAAAUUAAAUUCCCUAUACUUUCAGCAUGGGUUGUCAGGCAGGUCAUGCUAAUUGUAAUUAAUUAAAAUACCUAAUUAUGUAAAAAUAUUACAUAAAUAUAUACGUAGAAUUAAUAUAUGUAUAUAUAUAUAUAUAGGGAUAUGUGAUAUUUAUGUAUAUAGAUAUAUAUAUAUUAUUUCAUUCUAUGUGUAUUUUGAUAUAAAUAUAUAUAUAUAUAUUAAUAUCACAAUACAGUUAGAACGAAAUAACACACAUCUAUGUAUUUUUUAAUUACCAUAUAUACUCAAGUAUAAGUCUAGUUUUUCAGCACAUUAUUUGUGCUGAAAAACCCUCACUCGACUUAUACUCGAGUCAGUGUCUAUAUUAUGGCAACUAACAUCGCCAUAAUACAGACCAGGACCGCCGGGCUCAUUACAAGCCCGGCAGUCCUGUUGGGGGCUGGCAGUGAGCUGUAACUUACCUUUCCUGCAGCUCCUGCAUUCUCCUGUGCUCCGGUCAGCUCCCUUCUCCUCCACUGUAAGUCUUGCGGUGUGACUGCCGCGCGGAGCGUUGCCACGGUGACCUGUGGCAACGCUCUGACCCCGCGGCUCUCGCGAGACUUACAGUGGAGCUGACCGGACCGGAGGAGAAGGGAGCUGACAGGAGCUGCAGGAAAGGUAAGUAACAGCUCUCUGCCAGCCCCCUCCUACACAGCCCAUCCACUGGACCACCAGGGAAUGAGAGCCCCCCUCCCUGGCCAGCUAACAAGCAGGGAGGGGGGACGAAAAUAAAAAUUAAAUAAUAAAAAAAAAUAUUACAAUAAAAAAUAUGUAAAUAUUAAAAAUAAAAAAAGUAAUUAAUAAAAUAAAAAAAUAAUACUAAUAAAAAAAUUAAAAAUAAUAAAAAUGCCCUCCCCCACCCAGUUCACACACAAAUACACUCAAACAAACACACACUCUGCAUUGUAUACACACACACUGCAUUAUAUACACACACACUGCAUUAUACACACACACUCAUACAAACACACACUCUGCAUUAUAUAUACACACACACACACUCUGCAUUCACACAAACACACACACUCUGCAUUCACACAAACACACACACUCUGACUUAUAUAAUGCAGAGUGUGUGUUUGUAUGAGUGUGUGCGUAUAUAAUGCAGAGUGUGUGUUUGUAUGAGUGUGUGUGUGUAUAAUGCAGAUUGUUUGUAUGAGUGUGUGUGUAUAAUGCAGAGUGUGUGUUUGUAUGAGUGUGUAUAUAAUGCAGAGUGUGUUUUUGUAUAAGUGUGUGUGUAUAAUGCAGAUUGUUUGUAUGAGUGUGUGUGUAUAAUGCAGAGUGUGUGUGUGUAUAAUGCAGAGUGUGUGUGUGUGUGUAUAAUGCAGAGUGUGUGUAUGAGUGUGUGUAUAAUGCAGAGUGUGUGUGUGUGUAUAAUUCAGAGUGUGUGUAUGAGUGUGUGUGUAUAAUGCAGAGUGUGUGUAUGAGUGUGUGUGUUUGUAUGAGUGUGUGUGUAUAUAAUUAUAAAAAUCACAGAAUUUCAUAGCCCCAAGUUUUACCCUCGACUUAUCCACGAGGCAUAGCAUAUUUCACAAUUGUUGGUCACAAAACUGCACUCGACUUAUACAUGAGGUGGUCGUCAAAGGAGUGCCCAACAGGGUACCUGGGAACUUCACAGUCCUGGUCCUGCUUCCUACCUCUGAGCCACAACAGAUUCGUUUAUUUUCAAGCUAUUCCAGUUUUGUUCUUCCUGGCUUGUCUGCAGCAGUGGGGGCUGGUCCUUGACAAUAGCUGUGUUUCACCUGACCCUGAUCAGUUAUCAGCAGGGUAUAUAAACUCAGCCUCGCCCUGUGAACUGGAUCAAGUCUUUGAUCCUGUUGUCUGUGUGUUCCGUUCCAGUGUUCCUGUCGUUUGAUACUCUGUUUCCUAUUGAUCUCGGCUUCUGACAUCAUUUACUCUGACUUCUGGCAUUCCUUGACUUCGGCUACUCCUCGUUGUUCCUGUCCUCUGGCAUCCUUUGACCUCGGCUAUCCUUUGACAAUCCUUACGGAAAACCUAGUUCUUCCUUCUGUACCAGGGAAGAAAGUGGUCAGUCAGAAUCUCCACAUACUUUGCAGAGGUCAUCUUUACAUCUUUGGGGAUCCUAAAGGGGCUGGCCAGCUCUCUUCCCAUGAUUCCGGGCCCAAAACAUGACUCCACCACCUCCUUGCUGACAUCACAGCCUUGUUGGAACAGUGUGGCCGUCCACCAACCAUCCAUUACUCCAUCCAUCUGGACCAUCCAGGGUUGCACGGCACUCAUCAGUGAACAGAACUGUUUGAAAAUUAGUCUUCAUGUAUUUUUCUGCCCAAUGCAGCUGUUUCUGCUUGUGAGCACUGGUUAGUGGUGGCCGAAUAGAAGGUUUAUGCACAGACUCUGGAGGACUAUAUACCUAGAUGUAUGUGGGACUCCAGAGGCACCAGCAGCUUCAAAUAUCUGUUUGCUGCUAUGUAAUGGUAUUUUAGCAGCUGCUCUCUUGAUCCGAUGCAUGGAUCUGGCAGAAAUCUUCCUCAAUGUGCCUUUAUCUGCACAAACCCGUCUGUGCUCUGAAUCAGCCACAAAUCUCUUAAUAGUGCGAUGAUCUGCUUAAGUUUUCGUGAAAUAUCUAAUGUUUUCAUACCUCGUUCAAGGCGUUGAACUAUUUCACUAUUUUCGGCAGCAGAGAGAUCCUUUUUCUUCCCCAUAUUGCAUGAAAAUGGUGCUCUGCUUAAUAAUGUGGAGCACCCUCCUUUAGUAGUUUUUCCUUAAAUUGGUCUCACCUGGCAAUCUAAUUCUCACAGGCGUCAGAGAUUGUUUUCAGUGACCAAAAGAGCCAAAAACAAAACAAAAAUCUUUGUGACACUUAAAUAGAAUUUGCAUAAUAAUUUGGAACAGGGUUUAAUUGCAGGGCGGAGCAAGGCUUUGUAAGCCUUUCACUGCCCUGCGGAGCUCAGUCUGCGCCGUGCCCUCGCUGGGUGAAGGUGGAUUAAUAUUUUAGCGACAGAUUUUUUUAUUUUUCGGCAGAUUUUUUUUUGCGCACUGGUUUUUUUAUUAAAUUUUUUACAAGUUCGAUGGGUAUUAUGGUUUUUAUUUGGCCUUUUUUGGGGCUGAAAAAUUAAGAUUUUAGAAAAAAGAAGACAUCAAAUGGUAAGUUUUAUUUUAUUUACAGGUAGUUAGUUCUUUUAUUUCCCCCUCACUAUUUUUAGGUUGAGGGUGGUAGGUAGGGGAUUAUUUUAUUAUUUUGGUGGGGAAGGGGGUGACUUGGGGACUCCUAGUCACCUUGGAAGGGGGCAUUUUCAUUUAGGGCCCUCACCCGCCGCUCUGGGGUGAGGGCUGGGGGGAGGAUGACAAUAGGUCCCCCCCAUUGUCUUUUAUGACCCCCACCCGCCGCUCAGGGGUGGGAGCUGGGGGGAGGACAAUAGGUCCCCCCCAUUGUCUUUUAUGGCCCCCACCCGCUGCUCAGGGGUGGGGGCUGGGAGGGGGGACAAUUGGUCCCCCCCCAUUGUCUUUUAUGGCCCCCACCCGCUGCUUAUUCCCCCCUCACUAUUUUUAGGGUGGUAGGUAGGGGAUUAUUUUAUUAUUUGGGUGGGGGGGAGACUUGGGGACUCCUAGUCUUUUAUUACCGCCACCUGCCGCUCAGGGGCGGGGGCUCGGGGAGGGUAAUAGGUCCCCCCCAAUUAUCCUUUUGUUUUUUUAACAGUGAGCAGCCACAGGCUGGAACUGGGGCCUUAGGAAGUGGCAGGGAGCACUGUUUAGUUUUACAUAUUACAAGGAGGGAGCUGUGCGCUGGUAGCUCCCUCCUUGUAAUAAACUGAACGAACAAAUGAAAACUGAUAUUGUUUGUUUGUGAGUCUUACAUUUCUAUUCAUUCAUUCGUCUUUCUGACGAUUCAAUGAAUAGAUUAAAUUCCCGUUCGCAUGCCCAAGUGUUUAACUGGGCAUGUGCGGGAAUCUCACAACGCUAUCUAGUGUGGGCAGAUGACGUGUCCCACAGGGCAUUCAUCUACCCACACAAAGAUGGCGGUGCCCUGAACAUAGGUCCGGACACAAAAUAAAGUUAAAAAAUAGGUAAUAUGGGGAUCUUUGGGGUAUUUGGGGUGUCUAGGGGGUCAGUUAGCUGUAUGAGUCAGGAGGAGGGUUAAAAAAAAAACGGGAUUCGGCCAUGACAGUGCCGCUAUAAGGAAGUGAGCAGCCAUCCAGUUGGAAAUCGCAGAGAGUCAGUCAGAAACAGAGUGCACACUGAAGGUUGGUAGAGGAGGAUAAACUGCAGGGUAUUUGGAUGAGGUUUGCGUGGUUUCUAGUUGUUUAAGUGUGAGCAGAUGAGGUGAGGGGCCCUGGGUUGGAAGAGAUGUCACCAGCUGCUAUAAGUAGGAAGAGAUAGUGACCUGAGGCGUGAAUGGGUUUUAUAUGGGCGGGGUCUAGGAUGAGACUGGGUGAGAGCAGAAGAGAAAGAAUAGAGAAGUGAGUGCAGGGCAUGAGAUGAGAGGGGGGGGGGAGUGUAGCAGAGAUGAAAUAUGACUUAAAUACCUCAUAGAGUUUCACAUAACAAAUUAAUUUGGACAACCAAAUACUAUUUGGCAAGUAAAUAGAGCAUUGUGUGAAUUAUUGUGUAUAAAGUGUGAGAGCAAUCAAAAUCGCGUCCUAGAAGAACACAUUGUAAAUAACUGCUAUUUGUAGGUAAAGGAAGUUAUUCAUUUAAAACAUGUAGACAAUCAGCUUGUAUAAUAAAGGUUUAAUAAACAAUUUUAAAAACUUGUUUAACUGUUAAUGACCUAAAUGACCUAGGUACUCAACCCUGCUUUCAGUUCAUGUUCACAUCAGUAGUGUCAAAAAUACAUGUAGCAUACAGGUAUCAGUCAAACCAUAUAUUUAGGACAAUAAGGCCUGGAUUAUGUAAGCAAUAAAUGUUAUCAAUUAAACAUAUACACAUAUAUAAUAUUUUAUUUACACUUUGUACUUUCAGUGCACUUUUUUUUUCUAUGACCGAAAGGUAAUUUACACUGGAAAAAUACAUACAUUUAUUAAUUACAUACAUAUUAACCCCAUUGCUAUGAAAACUCUAAAUGAAUCCUGGCUCAACCAUUAAUAUCUAAAUAUCUAAUUUACACUGGAAAAAUACAUACAUUUAUUAAUUACAUACAUAUUAACCCCAUUGCUAUGAAAACUCUAAAUUAAUUCUGGCUCAACCAUUAAUAUGUGCAUUAUGUCAAAAAAUUCAUUAUUAGAAAAUAUAAAGAAUAUGGACGACCAUGGCUCUGCUUAGAGUAGGCUGCCCAGCAAAACUAAAUGAGAUUGUAAGGAGAGAAUUAGGCUAUGGUUUAUUUAGAACCGUUUAUUGGCUUCCGAUAGGCCUUUUAUCGGUUCAUAUUGGUUCAAUUACCAGUCUUAAAGGGUUAACAGGAGCUGAUAAUUUGUUUCAAUAUUGGUUAUACCUAUUCUUUACAUUGAAAAUAUUGGAUAAGACAAUGUAAUUUUAUUUACUGGGGUCAUAAAUGCCCAAUAAAUUGCCUCAUGCGAUUUGACAAAUAUAAGUUGCUGUUUGUGCUGCCAGCAGGUAAAUAGUUAGAAAAAACAGUUGUUAUGCCCCCCAAAUUAGUAUAAGGGAGGUUGUAAACCUCCUUUUUGCACACACACACCAUGCUGUGGGUGAGUGGGGGCAUGUCUAAUUACUAAAUAUGCAGCUGAUCCCUAUCAUUGAAUGCUCGUGACUGGGCAGCUGUUACUGCCCAGUCACUAAUAAAAUCCAGGGAGCAACCUGGCACAAGUCCUUCCCAUUUUACCACCUGUGUGCAUCAGUUGGAACCUUAAAAUGUAAUAAUCGGGACAGCUGGUAGAGUAUACUAAAUAAGAAAACAAAUAGGGGGGCAUAAUAAUUUACCUCCAGCCAUCACUCAUGUGUGGCAGGUGGGGGCUACUAAUUAAACAGGGACUGGAUUCAUAUUGUGGUGUAUCACCAAACUCUAUAAAUUAUUAUGUACACAUACACAUAUAAACUCUGGUCCGUCUACUUUAACAAAUAUUUAUUCAGAGACAAAACAACAACAACAUACAAAUAAUGACACACAAUCUAACUAACUAUACCACCAACAACAGCAACAACAACCUAACUAACAAUAACAACUACAUCUUAUAAAAUCCCACUCACAGUUCACCAUGAUGGAAAUUAGGCCAUGUCUGCUUAAAGGACUGCUCAUUAGCACAGCCAAGAAGGAACAGAGAGGAAUGGAGAUAGGGGGAAGUGGUUAUCUCUUUCCUGACUAGUAAAGGUAUUGAAUUACCAAUUAACAUUUCAAAAGGGUAAAGCUUAUCCCACUGUAAGAGCUUGGUCACAUGAUCCCUGGUCACCAUAUUAGUUUGAUGACAGAAUGUCACCACACAUAUCAUUGUCCAAUUCCCCCCAUGGUAAUAUCCCUCCCCCAUCACUUCUGGUGGCAAGGGGUUUCAAUUUAUAAUUUGCUUACUUCCUGCAAAAAGUAUACUUGACAUCAGACAGAUUGUUUUUUUCUUACAUUUUGUUUUCUUCAUCCCCACAAAAAUUAAAAAAUUAUAGCCUUAGGAAUAUAAACGUUUUCCUAACGCUGUAGUGUUCUAAUGUCUAUUUAGAUGUUUAACCCCUUACGGACACAACUUCUGGAAUAAAAGGGAAUCAUGACGGAACAUUUCCGUCAUGUGUCCUUAAGGGGUUAAGCCACUCAAAAGUAAAAUCAAUUUAGAAAAAAAAUGUCACUCCUCUUAUACGCUUUAUCCUUUGAACUUUUAAACAUUGUUUCUGUUUUUCCUUCUCAUUUGUAAUGUGUGCCCGGGUUGUGCCCUGAUAUAACUAGAUUGUGAUAUCUUUUGAUAAAUUGUUAAUAUAAUUUUACAAUGAAACAUAUCACAUGAGAAAAAAAGUUAACACCAUUGAUCAAGGAUUUUCAAUGUUUUAUUCAAUGCCGUAAUUAACAGAGUGAGUGACAAUCAUGUUUAAUUUGUACAUUUUCUGUUAGAAACACUGGAAAACAAGAACUUGUCAUGCAUUCCCAAUAGUAUACAUUGUAAAAUAAACUAUUAUUUAUGUAUUGUCAUUAUUGCCUAUUGCAAAAUUAACUAGUAUCAAAAUAAUGUUGUUAAUUAUUAAGAUUAAUUAUUAAUCUUCAUAUAUUUAUAUAUAUAUAUGUAUAUAUAUAUAUAUAAAAAAAAUUUCUUUUAAUUUUUUUUCUUUUCAGAUCAGUUUUUCCCGUUAUACAAAUGUUGUAAUAUUUGGUGUGCCACAGAUGGUAAGUUAAAUGUUUCCUUUUAUUGAAUGCAUUGUGUUAUUUUAAACAUUUUAUUUCAGAAAAUGAUGACCAUUUUAUUGUAGAUAAAUUAUAGAGAGUUAGUCCAGGAAUUGUUAUAUGAUC